UUAAUGACCAUUCAAUCACGUGACGAAUUUUACUCUCUUUGACAUUUAGAUUAGACCGCACAUGCCUCAACUAUAAAUAGUUUUUGACAGCAGUAGAAUGAAGUGAACCGACUUACAAUUAACCGGCAAGCCGGUACACGUAAAGAAAAACCAAUGGCAAAAAUUAACAAAAAAAUUCAAGUAACUGUUAGAUCACAGAAAAGACCUAAUCUACCAAAAGCAGCUGUCAAUAUUCUAACUAAAUGGCUUGAAGAAAAUUACACUAAUCCUUAUCCAACUGAAACAACUAAAAAAAUUUUAAUGGAAGUCACCAACUUGACUAAAAAUCAAAUUUAUAACUGGUUCAUAAAUAGUCGCCGCCGAAUUUUACCUAAUAUUCUAAAGGAAAAGUCCACGAAUAAGGAUUUCAUUUUAAUGAGGAUCAAAAGAUAUACUUAUUUCAAUCAAACACGUUUCAUAGAACAUGUAAUAAUGCAUUCAAAUAGUAAACAGAGUUCAAAUAUGUCACACUUUCAAAUGGAAAAAAUAGACAUAAAUGAAAACUAUAAUUUACAUUUGCUUGCAGAUGUGGCAACUAAGUUACCUAAAAUUUUGAUAUCUGAUCAACAUUAAUAGUAGAUUAAUGAUAUUGUACUUUUUUUUGUAUUACAAAUUUGUAUUUACAUUUUACCAGCAUGGACUUUUAUAUAUUUUAUUUAAAAUAAUGUGAUACUAUACCAUAGUUUGUGUGUUGUAAAAUAAUAGACAAAAUGCGCUUAUAUUAAAAGAAAGGUCAAUGUAUGUGUUAGUAUUAGUAUUUCAACAAAUUAUAAUUUGUAUUUGUCGCAAUCAUGGGGUUUGAAAAAUAUAUUAACAUAUUUAUUGAAUAUUUUAAUAUAUUUGAAAAGUUAUUUUUUUUAAAUUUUUAUUUAUACCGUUAAUGUAAUUUUGAUUUAUUUUACGUCAGUGCAUGAACGUAUAAAUGGUUUAAAAAAAUACUUUUUUCUAAGUAACUGAAGAUAAUCAGUAAACAUAAAGUAAUGUUUUUGUAUUAUCAUCGGGAAAAACUUGUUAAAAUUAUUAAAUUAAU